UUCACGCUUCUCCUCCUCCUCGAGCGCCCGCGACGCGAGGGCGAGGGCGAGGCGGCCGGCGGCGGGGGAGUCGUCCUCCGGGCCUCUGGGUUGGGUUGGGUCGGUAUGGCGACGGGAGGGGGAGGGAUGGGGGCGGCGGGGGGAGGAGGAGGAGGGGGAGUUGGGGGCAGGAUGCCGACGUGGAGGGAGAGGGAGAACAACAAGAGGAGGGAGCGGCGGCGGCGGGCGAUCGCCGCCAAGAUCUUCGCCGGCCUGCGCGCCCACGGAGGGUACAAGCUCCCCAAGCACUGCGACAACAACGAGGUGCUCAAGGCGCUCUGCAACGAGGCCGGCUGGGUCGUCGAGCCCGACGGCACCACCUACCGCAAGGGAUACAAGCCUCCUGAACGAAUGGAUGUGAUUGGGUGCUCCGUAUCACCAAGCCCAUGUUCCUCGUAUCAACCAAGCCCACGGGCAUCAUACAAUGCAAGUCCUACUUCCUCUUCGUUCCCUAGUGGUGCAUCUUCCCCCUUCCUUCCUCAUCCGAGUAACAUGGCCAAUGGUGUUGAUAACAACCCCAUCCUCCCAUGGCUUAAGACACUGUCCCAUUCUCCCGCAUCGAAGAAACAUCCACAACUCCCCCCAUUGUUGAUUCAUGGUGGCUCCAUUAGUGCGCCUGUAACUCCUCCAUUAAGUUCACCAACUGCUCGUACUCCUCGAAUGAAGACUGAUUGGGAUGAAUCAAAUGCCCAGCCUCAAUGGACUGGUUCGAACAGUCCAUGUGUGGUGAACUCCAGCCCACCCAGCCCUGGACGCACAAUGCUUCCAGACCCAGCAUGGUUAGCUGGUAUCCAAAUCUCAUCAACAAGUCCAUCAUCACCGACAUUUAGUCUUGUGUCGACAAAUCCAUUUAGCGUCUUUAAAGACGCAAUUCCUGUGGGAAACAGUUCAUCGAGGAUGUGCACGCCAGGGCAGAGCGGCACAUGCUCCCCUGCAAUUCCCGGCAUGGCACCGCACCCAGAUAUUCACAUGAUGGAUGUGGUUUCUGACGAGUUUGCAUUUGGAAGCAGCACCAACGGUGGCCAUCAGGCAGCUGGUCUGGUGAGGGCGUGGGAAGGCGAGAGGAUUCAUGAGGACUCUGGAUCGGAUGACCUAGAGCUCACCCUUGGAAGCUCUAGGACGAGAGCUGCUGCUUAGCAACAAAAAUUCUAACCUGGAGGCAUUCUUGUCUGUAGCUUAUUUGUUCCUGUUGAUUAGUUUCUGAAAGAGAGACCAAUCGUGUGGUUCCUUCAGAUAGCUUCACUUGUGAUGAUAAUUGUGUUAUUUAUGUGGAACACGACCUAGAGAGAAAAAAGGGCUUAAUGCGGCCAAUUCCAGCUGUGAUUGGUAACCCAUCACCUGCUGGUAGGUAAUCUCAGCUGGCUGUA